CAAGCGGCGAAUAAAUAGCUGCAUGCCUUGUCUUCUACUACUAGUAUAUAGCAUUAUAAGCAGCAUGAAAUUGACCGGUGGAAUAGUCAUGAAAUCAUGAGCCUUAGCUACGUGCCGAUUGGACUUUGAGCGGUCAAAGAUUGGAUCGAGAUGGUGGACAAGUGAAGACCUCCUUCUCGUGCGAUAUAUAUUAGGUCACAGUUAUAUUGUGGUCGUCCUGCUAUGAGGAUCGUUUCGUCGUAACGCGUUCAAUCGUCGAUCGAAAAUAGGGAAAGAUGAUGUCGCCGUUUGAUUUGGAUUUGAAACUCCCGGGACCGGAAGCCUUGGCCGUCGCCGAGAAGGAGCUCAGAGAGACGGAGGAGAACGUGAAAGAUGGGCUCGCCAAGUUGAGGAGCUAUCUCGAGGAGGACAAGACUCUCUACUUCAGAACGGACGAGGAUUUUCUUCUUAUUUUUCUACGACCAUGCAAGUUCUACGCGAAGAGCGCGUACGAGUUGAUGAGGAGGACCGCAGAAUUCAAGGAGAAGAACUCUUCUCUUUUGCACAACCUGAUGCCAAAGGACGAGGAGGUGCCGCUCACUAAACACAACGUGGUGAACGUGAUCAAGGAGAGAGAUCACAAAGGGAGAAGAAUGCUCGUGGUUCACUGCGGAAAAACAUGGAAUCCAUCCGCUGUGAACAACGACCAGUUAUUUCGAUUGUUCUACCUGAUUCACCAGCUUGCCAUGCUGGAGCCAGAAACUCAGAUACACGGAAGCGUGGUGAUAAUGGACUUUGACGGGUUGUCGAUGAAGCAAGUGAUGGGGAUCACGCCGUCUUUUUGCAUGAAGCUUCUGAAUUUUAUCCAAGACGCCAUGCCCCUGCGUUUGAAAGAGGUGCACGUAGUGAAACAACCGUUCUUGUUCAACAUGGUGUGGCAAAUGAUCAAGCCCCUUGUCAAAGAAAAAUUGAAGAAUCGGAUACACAUCCACGGCAGCAAGAUGUCUUCGUUUCAUAAUUACAUCCCAGCCACGUAUCUACCGGAGAAUUAUGGCGGUGAAUUGCCGAAAAUCAAUUACACAAGCGCCGAUUGGUAUCCGGUCUUGUUGAAGCACGAAGAUAAAAUUAAACAGUGGAACACGUACGGAUUUCGACAACAAUGAAGAAAAAUUCAUUGAAAAUCUUCUUCCCUUUGUGAUUGUGACAAUGUUGUACAAAAUAUUUUAAGUAUUUACCGAUU